CUCGGGCCUAGCGGGAUGGAGCCGCAGGAGGCGGCCGGGGCUGCGGCGGGCGGCGGCGGCGGCGCGGGGCUGCUGGAGCUGGAGCUGGAGCUGCCGCGGCGCGGGGCGGGCGAGGCGGGCGCGGUGGCGGCCGAGCUGGAGGCGCGGCGCAGCGGCGAGGCGCGGCGGCUGGUGCUGGCGCGGCGGCUGACGGGCCCGCUGCCCGCGGGGCUGGCGCGCUGGUUCCCGGCGCUGGAGGUGCUGGACGUGAGCGGCACGGGGCUGGCGGCGCUGGGGGCCGAGCUGCUGGGGCUGUCGCGGCUCCGCACCCUGCUGGCCAAGAACAACCGGCUGGGCGGGCCCGGCGCGCUGCCCAAGGGGCUGGGGCAGGCCCCGCUCGCCCGCUCCCUGCGCGUCCUCAACCUCAGCGGCAACCGCUUCGCCGAGCUGCCCGCCGCGCUGCUGGGGCUGCGGGGGCUGCAGAGCCUCAGCCUGGGCGGCAACCGGCUGCACAGCAUCCCGCCCGAGAUCCAGGCCCUCAGCAGUUUAGAGUUUUUGUACCUUGGAGGGAAUUUCAUUACUGCAAUCCCACCUGAAUUAGCAAACCUGCCUUCUCUAAGUUACCUAGUGCUGUCUGACAACAAGAUCCAGAGUAUUCCUCCUCAGCUGGCACAGUUGCAUUCCCUACGUUCCCUUAGCCUUCACAACAACCUGCUGACGUACCUCCCCCGGGAGAUCCUCAACCUGGUUCACCUGGAAGAGCUGAGUUUGCGAGGGAACCCACUGGUUGUUCGCUUUGUCCGUGAUCUGACUUAUAAUCCCCCAAGUCUCCUGGAACUAGCUGGACGCACCAUGAAAACCCGCAACAUUCCCUAUGCUCCCAGUGAUCUCCCAGGGAACCUUGUCAGAUAUUUGAGCCUGGCCAGCAACUGCCCCAAUCCUAAGUGCGGAGGUGUCUACUUCGACAGCUGUGUCCGACAAAUCAAAUUUGUUGACUUCUGUGGGAAGUACCGCCUGCCGCUGAUGCACUAUCUGUGCUCCCCAGAAUGCUCUUCCCCCUGCAGCUCCGCCUCUCAGAGCUCCACUUCCCAAAGCGAGUCUGACUCAGAGGAUGAAGCCAUUGUUGCUGCACACAGGAUGCAGAAAGUUCUUCUUGGAUAAAAGGGAGUGGUGGACUAGAAGAGAAACAUGUCACUAAAGCAAUAGUGGAAAUGCAGAGCCAGAGGCUCUUUCCUGAGGGGCUCAUUAGAAACAGUCCUCAAGUCAUGUAAGUGGCAGCACAUCUGAGCAAAUCUAGAAUUGCUUGGUGUGAUGCUGCUUAGAAGAUUUAACUCAAUGCCUUGCCUACAUGGGGAUGUUGUGGGGCUAGAGUUAUCACUAAACUACCAUGGAGAUCUGUGUAAAGGGGGUCAGGGAGAGCAGACCUGCCAUGUCUGGGAAGCCUGUCUAAAGGGGUUUUUGAUAGCAUGACACUUCACUACUAUGAUUGGCUUUAGCGCUGUAUGAAGCAAAGAAGACUGUUCUUGUUCUGGGGUAUUACAUUAUGGUAAAUCAGCAAGAGUGUAACUGUGCUAUUCUGGGUGUAUGGACUCCAAUGCUGUAUUUAUCAGCAAAUCUUUCUCGUAUCAUGCUUCAACACUCUGCGCUCUCCCUUGAUUUUCGCUUACAUAUUUAGAUACUUCCCCUCCCCCCCCCCCCCAAAAAAAAAUGAAAUUUCUUUUUGUUGGGGAUGGAUUUUUCGAAGAUCUGGCUACUGUCUUCCUCUGCUCCAGACUUAAGGUCUACAUCUAUUGUAGAUGUUAGUUUAUUACAGCCCCAGUACUGAGCCAGUUUGGUGUUUAUCUCCCUUUUUAUACAAGGCUGCUGUUAGUCUCUCCUUCUGACUCAUCUUUAUCACCUCUUUGCAACUGGUGCAUCGGUGUCACCAUGUUGAUUGGGAAUACAUGCAAAGCAUCUCACUGAGCCUUGCCACCUUGCCAUACAGAUCUACAGCCAUAUGCCCCUGUCUAAAGAACCAAAUCAUUGCCCUCCCCUGUACUUUAAACUCAUCUGGCCCCAGUGGAGCAAAUGUGCUCCUAAACUUGUGUAAAUUCCAUAGUGCCUCUCACUUGAUCUUUCUGUUGUGUCCUCUUAUUGAGGAUAGCUUCUUUUCACUUUUUACAAUAUAACUUCACAUAUUGGAGGCCACGCACUAAGGCUGUCAUUGCCUACAUUAGGCGUUAAGCAAAAUCUCUGUGUGAGAAGUUUAUUACAUGGUUUCGGCAACUUGUGCCUUGAAAAAACUUACUACUUUCCUUCAGCUGAAAUACAGAGUAAGGAACAUUGAAGAGCACUAUUCUUUCCCUCCAUCCCAGUAUGAAAAGAGAAGCUGGUAGGAGGAAGUGGAAGGCAAGCCACUUUGAGCAUGUUGUGUGGGAGACAAGUUGGUAUUGAAGGUGGUUGUAUAUUUAUUAGUUUUGCAUUCAGUCUUGUUCAUGCAAUCCUUUACAUUGUUCAGAUAGUGUAUUCAGUUACCUUAAACUGUAUUUAAAGGAAAACUGCAGAGAUUAGAUAUAAUUCUGUAGCUAAAUAUUUAAUUGAGAAAUACAUAUAUCUUUUAAAGAGUUAAUGAAAUUGAUAGGUUUUUCCAUCUCUUUGCCAAAGAGAGCUGAUGGUGAGUUUGAGUGCAGGUGGUUAAUGUGAACAGUGGGAUCACGUUUUUAAAAAAAAAAAAAAAAAAAAAAAUAUCUACUUGAUGUGAAGCAGUUUAUACAGUGGCCAAUUCUUUUAUGUGUAUCUCUGUUCAGUAAGAGGCUAGACUUUCAGAAGUCAGUAACAAAUAUCUUAAUGAGUUCUGCAGUGGCCAAGUGCAAUUUCUCAUGGACUUCUGUCCUGCUCACUGUCUGCUUUUAAAAUCUUUGAUUGAAUUGUAUGGGGAGGAAUUGGCCUGUUUUUGUUCCUUUCUCCUGUUGGCAGUAAUGAAUGGAAGGGAUUUAAUCCACUGAGUAAUGAAACUUAAUCCCCACAAUGCAUCUUUGUUACCCAGUUCAAAGAACUGUUUUUAAUGCAUUUUAUACACACCAGGGAGAUUUUUUUUUUCUUCUGCUUGAAUAGUUCCAAGAUACUUCAAAUAGACUUCUUCAGGGUGCACUCUAAUACAGGAAUAACUCCAUCUUGGAAACGUCUUGAUUUCUUUGUUUUUCUGACGAGAGCAUUGGUGAUCUUGUACUGAACACUAAAGGAUUAAGGGGUUUUAAUCCAGCCCUCUUGUGGAAUUUUAUCAUGAGCAUUGUGUUGAUUUACAAAGUCUUAAAGGUGCCUUACGGUUUUUAAAAGUAUAUUUUGCUAGAAAUAUAUGAAUAUAGAAUAUUUCUAACAUUAUUUCAUUAUGAGCUGUAAACUGAUUGUAACACUAAGCCAAAAAUGUUAUUUCUGAAAACUGUCUCUGUCCAUUAUUUGGUAAUAUCUCAACUCUAGUGUGGUGAGAAAGGGAGGGUUCCAUCACCAGAAUCAUAGAAAUUAGAGAUUUUCUCUUUCCCCAUAGGAUUAGAAAGUAGAACAGUCUCCUGGGGGAAGUAGUAACACUCUUGCCCCUUAGGUCAAUUAAAAUUAGACUGUAGGCAGGAUUGUGUGUAUUUCAUGAAAAUCAUUGUAGAAUUUUACUGCAGAAUCUAGUUUUUUUGUUUGUUUGUUUGUUUUUGAAUCUUGACUUAAUGUUUCUACAGAUAAAUAUAAAAACACAACCUGAUUGUAAACUGAGUUGGUAGUGUUCCUGAGUCUGCCAGCAGCCUGAAACAAUAGUGCUAAGAGGUGUGAACUGCCUCAUUCAUCUCAAUGGGGCACUAAUGCUGAAACCAAAAGGUGACAAUUUAAAUAUCAGCAUAGCUUUCUGCUUCACUGUUCAUCAUUUUAGAAACGUUCAGUAAAUGUGCUUAUCCAACAAUCCCAAACUGCCUCCUAGGUGUCAGUAGCUUCAGCUACCUCCCUCUUGCUGGCUUUUGCACUGCAGUUAGCAAUUGUCAGUACAAAAAUAUGCCCCAUAUUGGAAAAUGGGACAGUGUAAAACAUGGGCGUCUUUUCUGAGUAUAUUCAAUUUCAUGUUUAAUUAUAAACCUCAGUAUUUUAAAUUGAGCUGCUGCAGACUUUCUCAGGUGCUACAGAUUCCACAAAACUUGUCCACUGCACGUAGGUCCAGAUUACUGUAGUUUAUGUGGGGCUUUGGGCUAAGUCUUCUGCUGUGGUAGAAGAAAGAAUAAAUCUAGCUUCAUGCUGUACCUGAUUACCAGGCAGCAGGCAUAUCUCCCUGACCCCAGCUGCUCGUCUUUCUGGGAGCAUGAGCUGUAGCCCUCUUAACUUUUAUCCUGGCUGUCACCACUAAUACUUUGAGGGCUUUGUAUGUGAUCCUCAACUGAAAUGAAUUAGAUGACUGCCUGAAGCUGAUAAAUGUUGGGUGAACUGAAUGACAAUUUACCUGCUACUACAGAAUUGUCAAGACUACAUGGCAUUUCUCAUGUAGGUGAACUGGAAACACUUCCCAUACAGACAGGGAUUUCCCCCCACUGGGGAGGUGUAUACCCCCCCGAACUUCCCCAACACCCCCUAGUUACCUGUUGCCAAAUUAGUUGGUUGGAAAUUUGAAUUGAAAUUAAAACAUUAAUACACACUUUAAAAGUAUAUGAAGGGCCCUACCAAAUUCACAGUCCAUUUUGGUCUAUUUCAUGGUCACAGGAUUUUAAAAAUUGUAAAUUUCAUGACUUCAGCUAUUUAAAUCUGAAAUGUCACAGUGUUAUAAUUUUAUCAAUUUAUAAUUGAUAAAAUUAUAACUCCUGACCCAGCAAGGAGUUGGUGGGGGUGGGGGCGCUCACAAGGCUGUUGUACUGGAUUUGUGGUACUGCUACCCUUGCUUCUGCGGUGCUGAUGGCGGCGGUGCUGCCUUGGAGCUGGGCUGCUGGAGAGCGGCGGCUGCGGGCAGGGAGCCCAGCUCUGAAGGCAGAGCCACCGCCAGCAGCAGUGCAGAAGUAAGGGUGGUAUAGUAGGGUAUUGCUACCUUUACUUCCACACUGCUGCUGACCGGGGGGCUGCCUUCAGAGCUGUGAGCCUGGGCAACAGCAGCCACUCUGCCCUUGCCCAGCCCUGAAAGCAGCACAGAAGUAAAGAUGGCAAUACCGUGACCUCCUAAAAUAACCUUGUGCGCGCACACCCACACCCACAACACCCUUUUGAGUCAGGACCCACAAUUUGAGAAACGCUGGUCUCCCCCAUGAAAUCUGUAUAGUAUAAGGUAAAAGCACACCAAACACUAGAUUUCACAGGCGGAGACCAGAUUUCAUGGCUGUGAAUUUGGUAGGGCCCUAAGUAUAUGAGAAAAUACUUGUACCUGAGAAAGCAUAAUGGGUUUGAAAAGUAUGAGCAAAGACUAGCUUCCUCAUACAGCUGUUGUUUAUCACUAGAUCAGGGCAUUCGUUUUGGCUGUAUUUACCUACCUAAUAAUUUCAAAUUAUUCUUUGUAAGCAAGGUCUGGAUGAGCUCUCCCCUGACAGCUAGUGAUGACCCAGAAGUGGGUGGAAGGGCUCAGGACCAGACUAUUUACAUGAACAUACCUACUCUCCCUAGGUAUCCAGCAGACAGAGCUAUGCUGCCCAAGUGAACAAUUUUGGCUGGUAUUGGGUUACAAAUCAUGUUAGUAUACGCCAUCCAGUCUUAAACCGAACUUCGCACCCCUUGGUAAUCUAUGUUGUUCCCUGAUAACCAGAAACGUCUACGCUUAAACUCUGUACCGUUCACUUUUUUUGUU